AUGAAGACCUCCAUGAGCAUCAUCGUCUUCUUUGUGACCUUCAUUGCAGUGUUUGUUGCCUCCAUGGCCGAGACAAUUAACCGCGAGGAAGACUGCAUAAGAAGAAACAUUGCCUGGUCGCAACAACCAAGCCUUUCAGCUGAGCCCAUCAAGAGAUCAACGUUCUAUUUCCUCGCAGACCAAUUCUGUAGAGAAACGAGCCGUGUCAUCAUGUUUUAUGUGAGGUUGAACGGAAAGUUCCCCUCUUACUACGUCAAGACGUUGUGCAAUGUAUUCGGAAACGAUGAAAAGAAGGUGAAGGAUUACGUUGUGGAGAGAGGGGUGGAAUAUUCAAAGCUUGCGUCUGCUCUAACUUGUGUUUCUCAUUGA